AUGGCGGCCUACAACCGCAUGUCGACAUUUUCCUCGCUGUCGAACUCGACGCCGCGCCCCGGUCACAAUCCACCCUCGCACCAGGUGUCGACGAGUACCCUGCUCAAUGCCCUGCACACGGCCUACGCCCAGCGCGAGCCCUAUUAUCUCGAGGCGAGCACGAGCUUGGUUGUCAACACUUGGGUAACCGCCAGCGAGGUUGGUCCGGACGGGCGUUUUGGCGGAACCGUGGAUGUGGAACUCGGCCGCAAAGCCUGGGAACACGCCCGCAGGAGAGCAGAGGAUGGCUGCAUUGUGUUGGGUUCUCUCCAUGAAUCCACUCCCUCGUUGUUUGCCCCCUUCGUCUCCGCUCUUCCUCUGUCCGUUCCUACCACCUUCUACACUGCUCUCAACGUCAUUCGCCCUCUCACCCACUGUGUGACCCCGCAAAACGCGUCUCUGCCUCGUCACUCGUCUCUCGCUGCCACCUUCAACUUGAACCUUGAAGGCUCAAUCACGGGAGCAACCCUCGCUCUUUCGGCAUCGGGGGUCGACACCAAGCUCGGUCUGGUCGAUGUUCCCUCUCAAGCCGGCUUCCGCGCGUUUGAUGUCUUUUAUUACCUGAACUCCAACUCUGCCUCGCAAGAAGAGAAGGAGACGCUCAACCUGAAGCCCAACUCCGACUACGAGCUUCUGAAGAAGUCAGGGACAUACUAUCCACCGUCGUAUCUCCCUACCGCUGAUGACGCCGCUGCUGCGGAAGACUGGCGGGAGAAUCUCAAGCAGAUCGGCAUCAAAGGCAAGACGCGGCGCAAUCUUCUCUGCGCGCUUGCCGGUGUCCUUAAGCUGGGCGAUACCCUUGGCUUUCUUGUCGACGAGGAAGUUCUGGACGACGUCUGCGUUGAGUUUGCCGACCUCGUCGACAUUGACCCUGACGUUCUGAAGAAGAAGUGCGACACCUUGGAACGCCAGGUUUUCAUCACUGGUCUCUACGAGGCUAUUGUUGAUUGGGUCAUCGCGAAGGCCAAUGACGCCAUCCGCGCUGAGCUCCGCGGCGUCAAGAACGUAGGAUCGUCAAACAACAGUGAUGAUGACCGCUCUGGCGCCCCCACUCCCGAAUCCGGCGAAGAUGACGGCGACACGGUCAGCAUCACUGUGGUCGAGAUCCCGGCCAGUGCUCUUGGCAAAGCCGUCGCCCUGCGGACCGUCUUUGACGACUCAGAGGGCAUUAAUGCUGAAAUGAAGGAGGACGGUGUUCACAUGGAUGCCGCUGGCUCUUCCGUCAUCCGAGAGAUGAAGGACGCUGUUGCCGAGUGCUCUAACGAGUUAGGCAUUGCCGAAGGUGCUGCCGCACGCGAGUUUGAGCAAGAGCGCGAAACUAGAGAAGCUGUCCUCGAGAAGGUUGCUCAUGAAGCAGAGGAUGGGAGUUUCCUCAAAGAAGUUAUUUUCCCGAUUUCUGGGCAAGGCGUUAUGUUGGGCAAGAGCGGCCGCUUUGAUCUCCCUACUGUUAUCAGCAGCAGCAGAGUCUGGUUCCAUCUUGCCCUGCACCCCACCGACGAUGGCCCCGCCAGCCUACAAAACACCACUGGACAGCCUGCUUGGUCAGCAGCUUCAGUCUCCCGCCAGUUGCGUUCCUGGCGUUUGCCCGAGUGGGCUAACCGCCGGAACCGCAAUCUCGACUUCACCGCCGACUUCGACUAUGAGGAGUUCAUCCAAAGAUACGCGCCACUUGGUUGCACAGAAGGUCGUGAAGGUGUCGAGAGCUGGAUCCUCGAACGCGGUUGGAGCAAUGGAGAGGUCGUUCUCGGCUCUGAGCGCGUGUGGAUCCGCGAAGGCGCUUGGUGGGAGGCCGAAAGCAUGCGCGACAUGAAAGGCCCAGAUGCCGGCAUGAUGGGCAUGGGUGCAAUGGCUGGAAUGGGUGCUGCAAUGAUGAGCACUGGUGCGCUUAAUAGCACCUACUCAGUCCACCAGCCCAGUCUCGGAGGCAGCGGCUUCUUCCCCGGUCAACCUUACGAAGACGAAAUCACCAUCCAAGGAAGCAGGGACAAUCUGCUUACAGUCCAGCCCUCCAUCAACCAGGGUCCUCGCAGCAACGCAGAUGCUCGUUCUAUCGCCCAAACGCACAUGUCUGGACAUGCCAAUCUCAGCCGUGGUGAUUAUGGCCUUGGAAACAAGGGUGAUGACAAACAUGGUGUCACCUACUAUGGCGACGAGGAAAUUGGAGACAACAAGGUAGUCACCGAGCAGCCCAUUAGCACUUCCAGGCGCCUCUGGGUAGGCUUCUGCUGGGCCAUGACCUGGUGGAUACCGUCCUUCCUCCUAGCACACGUUGGUCGGAUGAAGCGUCCCGAUGUCCGACAGGCUUGGAGAGAAAAGUUUGUCCUGGUCCUGCUCAUUCUCCUCAUGAACGCCGUCGUCGUCUUCUACAUUAUCGAGUUUGGUAAACUUCUUUGUCCCAACUACGACAAGGCUUGGAACGAGAAGGAAGUCAGCACUCACCAAGGCAAGGACGACUUCUAUGUCAGCCAUCACGGUAAAGUCUACGAUAUCUCAAAAUUCUGGAGGCUUCAACACAGUGAUCGAAAGGGUUACGAUGUCACCACAGCCAACAUGGAGCCUCUCAUGGGCAAGAACCUCGACGCUUACAUCGUUCCACCGUUCGCACUUGCUUGUCCCAACCUCAAGAUCAACAGCACCAUCGGAGUCCUCCAAUUCAACGACACCGCUGCCACACAAGAUAGUCCUCAGGCUGUCCACACCUCCGGUGAGCGCAAUCAGCCUGACACUACUUCUGAGCUGCACAACGACGACUGGUACUCCACGAGGUUCCUGCCGAAAAUGAAGGAAUACUACAAGGGCUCUCUUGUGUGGACCAGAAGCAAGGUCAAGAACCAAGGCGAGAACAUCCAGCGCCAGUGGUCCAUCAUCGACGACAAGGUGUACGACCUGACAGACUACUUCUACACCCAGGACUUGUAUGAUGGCGAUACGACCUACGAAUUCUUGGACAGCAAGGUUGAGAAUCUGUUCAAGAACAACCCCGGAGGAGAUAUCACGGACGACUGGAACAAUCUCGACGACAGCGUCCGUCUGCCCAACUUCCAGUGCAUUGACAAUAUGUUCUACGUUGGCGAGAUCGAUUUCCGAGACUCGGCACGCUGCCAAGUCAACAACUACAUUCUUCUGGCUUUCACCAUCAUCCUUUGCGCUGUCAUCCUGAUCAAAUUCUUGUCCGCUCUUCAGCUAGGCUCAAAGAGACGGCCCGCCGCCCAGGAUAAGUUCGUCAUCUGUCAGGUGCCUGCUUACACAGAAGGCGAGGACCAGCUCCGGAAGGGUCUUGACUCACUGACUGCUCUGGCAUAUGACAACAAACGAAAGCUCAUCUGCGUCAUUUGCGACGGUAUGAUUGUCGGUGGUGGCAACGACAGGCCUACUCCCAAGAUCGUUCUGGAUAUUCUUGGAGUCGACCCCAAGGUUGACCCGCCGGCCCUCCCUUUCAAAUCCGUCGGUCGCGGCGCCGAGCAGCUCAACUACGGAAAGGUCUACUCUGGUCUCUACGAAUAUGAGGGUAACGUCGUGCCUUACAUCGUCGUCGUUAAAGUCGGCAAGGAAUCCGAGCAGAAGAAGUCCAAGCCUGGUAACAGAGGCAAGCGUGACUCUCAGAUUCUCUUGAUGCAGUUCCUCAACCGUGUCCACCAUCGCGCUCCGAUGUCUCCGCUCGAGUUGGAGAUGUUCCAUCAGAUCAACAACAUCAUCGGUGUAGACCCCGAGCUUUACGAGUACCUCCUCAUGGUCGACGCCGAUACCAUGGUCAGAGAAGAUUCGCUCAACCGUCUGGUGGCCUCCUGCGCCAACGAUUCCAAGAUCAUUGGUAUUUGCGGUGAGACCAGCUUGGAGAACGAAGAGCGCAGUUGGUGGACGAUGAUCCAGGUCUACGAGUACUACAUUUCCCAUCACUUGGCCAAGGCUUUCGAGAGUUUGUUCGGUAGCGUCACUUGUUUGCCCGGAUGUUUCUGUAUGUACCGGUUACGAACGGCGGACAAAGGCAAGCCUUUGAUUAUCUCGGAUAAGGUCAUCGAUGACUAUGCCGAUUGCGACGUCGACACCCUCCACAAGAAAAACCUUCUCUCCCUUGGUGAGGAUCGUUAUCUCACGACCAUCAUGACCAAGCACUUCCCGAGCAUGUCAUUCAAGUUCGUGCCGGAUGCCUACGCUCAAACGGCUGCCCCCGAGACUUUCAGCGUCUUGUUGUCCCAGAGACGUCGUUGGAUCAACUCUACAAUCCACAACUUGGCCGAGUUGGUUUGGCUCAAGGAUCUUUGCGGAUUCUGUUGUUUCUCCAUGCGCUUCGUCGUCUUCAUUGAUCUUUUCGGUACCAUCAUCCUUCCCGCCACCUGCGCCUACCUGGUAUACUUGAUCUACAAGGUUGCCGCCAAGGAUGGUGCGUUCCCCAUGAUCUCGAUUAUUAUGCUUGCGGCUGUGUACGGUCUGCAAGCCAUCAUCUUCAUCAUCAAGAGGCAGUGGCAGCACAUUGGUUGGAUGAUUAUCUACAUCAUGGCCUACCCCAUCUACUCUCUGGUUCUUCCUGUGUACUCCUUCUGGAAGCAGGAUGAUUUCUCUUGGGGUAACACUCGUGUUGUUAUCGGCGAGAAGGGUAUGAAGCAAAUCGUCGCCCUUGAAGAGGAUGAAGGCUUCGAUCCGCGUAGUAUUCCGCUCCAGAGGUGGGACGACUACGCCGCAGCAAACAGCCUCCCUGGUCGCCGUGGUCUCGCUCCUGAGAAGGGCAUGAUGCCGUAUGAGGACGAUGCUUACGAAAUGAACGACAUGCAAUCGGUCUACUCCUCGGUCAAGCCCGCCUCGACGGUUUUGACAGGCUUCAACGGCGGCCGUGGCAUGCACAUGCCUCCGCAGUCUCCCGGACCGUACGCCGCUAUGCAAAACCGCCAGAGCUCGUACUCGAACUAUGGUGGUCGCUACCAGGACAACCCCGACGGUCGUCACAGCCGUCUGCAGUCGAUGGGCAACGCGUCUGACACGUACAAUUCAUCUCCCUAUGGCGCAAAUCAGCAUCAGGCACGUCAAUCGAUGCACUCCCUCUCCGCCGGCGACCACCUGCUUGGCACGCCGUACAAUGCGCCGCGUCAGCGAAGCCCGCUCUCCCAGAGCAGGCCUGCUAGCAACAUGGACUUCCGCACCGCAGCGAGUGGCCCGUCGGACGACCAAAUCGUCCACGCAAUCCGGGAGUGCCUUCAAGACGUUGACCUGGACAACGUGACGAAGAAGCAGCUCAAGGCGCUCACCGAGCAGAAGCUGCAGACGCAGCUCAGCGGUGAGAGAAGGGUCUUCUUGGACCAGAUGAUCGAUAAUGAGCUGGCGAACAUGUAG